AUGUCCAUCACACCUAAGACCCCACAACAAAAGUCAAAAUUCACACCAACGCCUCCACUCCUUUCGCGUCCGACUGUUGCACAGGAGAAGAUACUCAGAAAGUUCACAUCAGACCAAAGAGAAGGAAGGACAGUAUGUACAGAGCCCCUUUACAUACCUAAGGAGUCUGAAAGGAAAAACAGAGACUCAAAGAUUCUCAAAUUACUCUCAAAAGACAACAAAAACAUCGAGCAAACAACCAAAGUGAGUUCUUCCGAUUUUGACUUUGUUGAAGUGUUGCAGCAAGAACCAAAACAGUCGCAACAACCACGCACUGAAAAAACAGACUACGCAGCUAACACCGAUUUUGUGAAUAAAGUUCUCCAUAUUGAAGGGAUACUCCGAGGACUUUCAGAUGACCAGAAACAAGUGAUUGACUUAGCCAAUAGUGGGGUUUCAUUUUUCUUUUCUGGUGCGGCGGGAACUGGGAAAUCUUAUGUGAUGAAAAAGAUGAUUUCUAUUCUUCGACAAACACAUGAGUUGGGUGUUUAUGUCACGGCGUCAACGGGGAUUGCUGCUUGUAACAUUGGAGGAACGACUUUGCAUAGUUUUGCUGGAAUAGGUCUGGGUGAUUUAAGUGGUGACCAACUCCUUACCAAAGUGAUUAAAAACUCGCAGGCUUUUGAUCGGUGGAAGAAAGCAGAAGUUAUUCUUAUUGAUGAAAUUUCGAUGAUUUCUGGGGAGUUACUGGAGAAGCUUGAUUACGUCGCCAAAAACAUUAAGAGGAACCAACAGCCUUUUGGCGGGAUCCAAAUGAUAUUCUCUGGAGACUUCUUUCAACUCCCACCCGUUUCUAAAAACCAGAACAUUAAAUUUGUUUUCGAGGUAGCGGCGUGGAAGAACGCCGUGAAGGAAUGUGUCAUCUUGCACACACAACACAGACAAAAUGAUCUUGAAUUUAUUGACAUUCUCAACAACAUUCGAUAUGGGUAUUUUACAAAGAAGGCACAAGAAGUCCUCCAGACUUGUCAAAAGAAAAACUUGGGUUCCGAAAAGCGAACAUGCCUUUACUCACACCGAGCAGAUGCCGACACGAUGAAUAGAAGAGAGUUGGAUAAGUUGAAAGAAGAGACGACAACGUUUGAGUGUCUAGACAAUGGGAUAGAGACGUCCAAGAAAUCACUCAAAGAUUGCCAAGCACCAGACAAAUUAGUUUUGAAGAAAGGGGCCGUAGUUAUGCUUCUGAAGAACAUCGCUGCUGAUUUAGGGCUCGUUAAUGGCGCGGUGGGCACAGUCAUUGGGUUUGAACCAAUGAAAGAAAUCAAACUGAAGGAAUUGAAAGAAAAUGAGAAGUCACAGUUUUGUGACAUACGUGUGACGGAGAGAAGUUUUUAUGCACACAACAAAGUGUUUCCACUCGUUCAAUUUGAAAAAACAAAAUACCUUGUCAUACCCGAUGUGUGGGAAAUUGAAAUUGGUGGGAUAGUCAUGGCGUGCCGAGUUCAACUCCCAUUGGCUUAUGCGUGGGCACUUAGUAUUCACAAGUCACAAGGUCUUACUCUUCCCCGCGCUGAGGUCAACUUAGAAAAGGUUUUUGAAUCUGGGCAGGCGUAUGUCGCAUUGAGUAGGUUACAAUCUUUGGAUGGCUUGAAAAUAGUUGGCAACCUUCCAGGCCAAUCCGCUUGGAGAGUGAACCCCAAGGUACUUCAGUUUUACAAGGAGCACGAUAAAUGUUUCAAAGAAGUCGACCCAAGCGAGUUGGUUUACAAACCUUCACAAUCCCAACUUUCCCAAACAACCCAAUCUUCGCAACCAAAGAGAACAGCUUCUGGGAAGACCAUUAUUGUCACAAAAAGUGGUCAAAGAAUCAUUAUUGGAUAA